AUGCACAACCACAGCCGUAAUCUCCAGGCAGGUCCUGGCUCUGUACCCAUCAGCAACUUUAGCUACAUCGGAGUCACCGGUCCUCUCGGCUGGGCAGGCCUUGACCCCGCGAACGUAAAGUGCUCAACGGCCAAUGUCCAGUCUCCCAUAAAUAUCGAGCACGACGUCGUCCCACUCUCGAAGACCCACCCGCAAUUAAGUAUCCCCAGCGUGAAGUCGGCGGAAUUUGAAAACCUGGGUUCGACGGUUGAGGUUGUGAUCAAUGGGACUACGAUAUUUGAAGGCAAGACGUACAGCCUGAAGCAAUAUCAUUUCCAUACACCCGCAGAACACCUUGUCGACGCGCAAUUUUAUCCAAUGGAAGUGCAUUUCGUCAACAUCGCGUCUAGUAAGUCGUUGAACCAGGGCAUUCAGUAG